GUACAUGACGUCACGCCUGAGUGCUCGGGAAGAGUGCGCCAUAUUGAAUUGGGGAAAUAGCGACUGAAUAAAAUCAAGUAUCAUCCAUGUUGAAUAUAAUGAAAUUUGCAAUGUAAGGAGAUGUAAAUGGGAUUGUAUGAGGUGUAUGGUCCUAUUUGUAAACUUAAUAUUUGCUUAUCAUGGCAGGAAAUGGUGGAGAUAUUCAGUGGUGCUUCUCGCAAGUGAAGGGUGCCAUAGAGACUGAAGAUGUCACUGAAGCUGAUAUAAUUUCCUGUGUGGAGUUUAACAGUACGGGGGAUUUACUAGCAACAGGAGACAAAGGGGGACGUGUCGUCAUUUUCCAGCGAGAUAAAGCUGGAAAAAUUGCGAUACCACCACGAGGAGAGUACAAUGUAUACAGCACAUUUCAAAGUCAUGAGCCUGAGUUUGACUACCUCAAAAGUUUAGAGAUUGAAGAGAAAAUAAACAAGAUACGAUGGUUAAAGAGAUCUAAUCCAGCCAAUUUCUUACUGUCAACUAAUGAUAAGACUAUUAAGCUGUGGAAGGUGACGGAGAGAGACAAGCGACCUGAGGGGUAUAACCUGAAGGAUGAGUCGGGCCUGAUGAGGGACCCCAAUAAUGUGACCAGCCUCAGGGUGCCCAGUUUUAAACCCAUGGAACUGAUGGUGGAGGCCAGUCCCCGCCGAAUCUUCGCCAACGCCCACACUUACCACAUCAACUCCAUCUCCGUCAAUAGCGACCAGGAAACCUACCUGUCAGCUGACGACCUACGUAUUAACCUUUGGCAUUUAGAGGUCACAGACCAAAGCUUCAAUAUUGUGGACAUAAAGCCUGCCAAUAUGGAGGAGUUGACAGAAGUGAUAACUGCUGCCGAAUUUCAUCCACACGAAUGUAACUUGUUUGUCUACAGCAGUAGUAAGGGCACUAUACGCCUCUGUGAUAUGAGGGAGCAGGCAUUAUGUGAUAAACACGCUAAAUUGUUUGAGGAGCCAGAAGACCCCACCAAUAGGAGUUUCUUUUCUGAGAUUAUUUCUAGUAUAUCGGAUGUGAAGUUUAGUCAUAAUGGACGUUAUAUGGUGACACGAGACUACUUGUCCAUCAAAGUCUGGGACUUGCUGAUGGAAACAAAGCCAAUAGAAACGUAUCAAGUUCACGAGUACCUCAGGAGUAAAUUAUGUUCUCUCUAUGAAAAUGACUGUAUAUUUGACAAAUUUGAAUGUUCAUGGAGUGGAGAUGAUAGGCACAUUAUGACAGGAUCUUACAAUAAUUUCUUUAGAAUGUUUGACCGUGAAGCCAAAAGGGACACAACUCUGGAAGCAUGUAGAGAAAACAUGAAACCACGAACAAUUUUAAAACCGCGUAAAGUAUGCACCGGUGGCAAGCGUAAAAAGGAGGAAAUAAAUGUGGACUGUCUAGACUUCAAUAAAAAGAUCCUCCACACCGCCUGGCACCCGUUAGAGAACAUCCUGGCCGUAGCAGCUACCAAUAACCUUUAUAUCUUCCAAAGUAAAGAUUAACGCAAGGAAAAUUAGGAGGAUUUAACAAAUUGCUGGCAUGGUGGUGCACGUGGAAGAUUGGGCAGUUUCACCCGGGGAAACAGUGAACUGGUGAAAAAUCAGCUUAGCAAUAUUUUUGUACAAAUUUUUAGUUGAGACAAUGAUGUUGAUGAUGGAAAAGGAAUAUUUUCUGCAACCUGAAUUGUACAAGUUUGCAUAAUUCCUCACUAGUGCUAUAAACUUCCAAGUGGUAAUUACCAUGUAUAACUGUGUUGAUGCAUCUGUUCUGUUAGACCAAAGCCUUCCCAUGUCUGUUCUGGUGCAUUUUUGUAUUGCAUUACAAGUGUUAGGUUCGUCAGAUUGUGGUUAGUUUCUAGUCACAGUAUACUAAAGCCUAACGCGGACAUUUUGUGGCUACACACAUGAUGUAGGUGCAAUAAGAUGCCAUGAAGUUGUAAUUAGAGAUGAUGCAAAUUUACACAAACAUUCCUUACUAUUAUAACUGCAUAUAUAAACUUGCCAUAUGAUUUUUACCCCCUAAAGUGCUAAAGUAAAAUUUAUUUGCUCAUGGAUGCUCAAUAUGUAUUAAAAGUGCUGGCAUUAUUAUUUAAAAAAAAACAACAUUACAUAUUUUUUUUGUUUACAUAGUACAGUUGUAUUUGAUAACAAUGAUAAUAGUACGGAGGUGAAAUUGAUAUCCAUAAAAGAUAAACUCUACCAUUCCACAGAGAGAUGCAAUCAAAGGUUAACUGUCCAUAGCAUUCAACACUUCUUGUGAUCAAAAUACUCUUUAUUCUUUAUUGAUCAAUCUCUGUAUUUUGUAUGAAGGAAAGUCGAUGUGGUUAAUUAAAUUAUAAUGAGAGAAUUGGUUGAUGUAAAUUAUAUGUGUUCUGACAUUGUCCUGUUUUAGUACAAUUAUGACAAUAAUGACGGGUUAUAUGAUGACCUGAAGAAAUGUUAUUCAAUAUUAAACUAUUGUUAUUAAA